AUGAGUGGACAGGCGGCUAGUUAUUAUAAUCCUUCUCAAGGCUUUGAGGAGGCUCCUCAGCAGCCUCCUCAGCCUUACCAACAGCCCUUCUACAACCUACAGCAACAACAACAGCAGCAACAACAACAACAGCAGCAACAACAACAGCAGCAGCAGCAGCAGCAGUACGCGCCCUACCCCAACCAGGGCGUUGCUGAAUCAAAACCCCCCGAGAACCCGCCCACAUACAACCAAGCCGUCUACGGCUUCGACGAGGCAUUUAAAAUCGAGAAACCCAAGCUCAACGAUCUCUGGGCUGGUCUUUUGCUCAUAGCAGUCUUCCUCGGCUACGUCGCUAUAUCUGGUCUCACUAUUCACCGCUAUGCUAAAUACAAAGGCUUCAACGGUGGUGGUAUCUACGACGCCGGUAAUGAAGUCUCGCUCAACACGAACACACUAGUGCUAUUCAUAUUCGUUCUCUGUGUCGCGAUUGCGUUUUCUUGGGCUUAUUUUAUGGGCGCGCGAUUCUUUCCGAAAACCUUCAUCUGGGUGACUGGGAUUUUGAAUAUUGUUCUUGCGCUCGCGACGGGAAUUUACUAUAUCUGUCGCAAGCAGUAUGGCGGUGGAAUUGCGUUUCUGAUAUUCGGUAUAUUCGCUUUGGUUUGUUUCAUCAGCUGGAUACCCCGGAUCCCCUUUACGGCGUUCAUGUUGCAAACGAGCAUGGAUGUCACGAGGAAAUACGGACAUGUGUUUGUUGUGAGCGCAAUUGGCGGAAUCGUGGCCGUCGCCUUUGCAGCCUGGUUCUCCGUCACCCUAGUUGCGAUUUACGUCGCCUAUGAGCCGACAAGCAGCAGCAGCGGUCGCGCGGGCGCAGUCGACGGUCUCUCAGACACUAGCACCGUGAGCAAUCCCUCCUGCAGCAACGGCGGCUGCAGUCGUGCACGGGUCAUCGGGUUGGUCGUGUACGUGACUUUCGCAAUGUACUGGUUCAGCGAGUGGAUUAAGAAUACUGUGCACACAACCAUCGCUGGUAUCUACGGCUCGUGGUACUACUUUUGCGGCGAGGGCCCAGGCGGACAGGGAGGCAAGAACAUGCCCAAGGGGUCGACGCGGGGUGCGUUCAAGCGCGCAACAACCUACUCUUUCGGCAGCAUCAGCUUAGGAAGUUUGUUCAUUGCGAUUAUCAACAUGAUGCGGCAGGCAUGUUCUAUUGCGCAGCGGCAUGAGGCCGCAGAGGGGAAUAUCGUUGGCUGCGUGUUUGCCUGGAUCCUAGGAUCCUGCAUAAGCCUCCUCGACUGGCUCGUCACUUUAUUCAACCGCUACGCCUUCUGCCACAUCGCGCUCUGGGGCAAAGCCUACAUCCCCGCUGCAAAGGAUACAUGGGCGAUGAUGCGCGAUCGCGGCGUCGACGCCCUCGUCAACGACUGCCUCAUGGGCCCCGUACUUACAAUGGGAAGCGUGGGUGUGUCGUACAUUUGCGCGUUACUGGCAUACUUGUACCUCCAGUUUACGAAUCCCGGGUAUAACGCGGACGGCAAUUUCACGGCGGUGAUUAUGGCAUUUGCGUUUGUGAUUGGGUUGCAGGUUGCGCAGAUUCUCCUGACACCGGUGGGAUCUGGCAUUGAGACGAUUUUUGCGGCUAUGGCGUGGGAUCCGGAGGUUAUGAUGCGGGAGCAUCCAGGGUUGUAUCAGGAGUUGGUGAAGGUCUAUCCGAGGGUGCAGCAGGCUAUUCAUGCUUAG